AUGGCCAAGUUAGUCCACAACGUACAGAAAAAGCAGCAUAGGGAGAGAUCCCAGAAAUCAAGUAGAGCGAAAUAUGGCUUGCUUGAGAAGAAGAAAGAUUACAGGCUAAGAGCAGCAGAUUAUCACAAGAAGCAAGCUGCGCUCAAAGCAUUAAAAGAGAAAGCCAAAUCUCAUAAUCCAGAUGAGUAUUACCAUGCUAUGACCAAGAAGCGAACAGAUGACAAGGGAAUUCUUAUAUCUGACAGAGAUAGCGAAGUAUUAAGCGUGGACCAAGCCAAGUUAUUGAAAACCCAAGAUAUCAACUACAUACGAACCAUGCGCUUGCAUGAAUCAAAUAAAAUCAAACGUCUCCAGGAUGGAAAGCUUUUUGAAGGAUCAGGUAAGCACACUGUUUUUGUGGACUCAACUAAGAGCAAGGAAUCUUUCAAACCUGAAGAGUACUUCAACACUGACAAGUCUUUAGUUGAAAAUAGACAAAAUAGACUUCGAUUAGACCAAUUACAAUCAAACUCAGGCUUGAUAAAUUUACUGAAUUUUGAGGCGAAUGAAAAGGAUAAAUUGGAUGAAAAGAAACUUAAACUGUUCAAACAACUCCAGAGAGCAAUUGCGAAGGAAAAAGAGUUGCAUCAAGUGGAGGAUAUAAUGAGCCGAAACAUUGAAAAGAUGAAGAAGGGAGAUAAAAAGAAAAUAGUUGACGUAAACGGUAAAACGUAUUUCAAAUGGAAGACACAAAGGAAAAGGUGA